CCCCCGCUCCGCCUCCCGGCGCCGGGCGCGGGCCCUUCCGCCCGGCUGUGAGGCCUGGCGGCUACAGGCGGUGACUGACGGGCCGCUGCCGCUGCGGCGGGUUUUCGCUUAAAACUCGGCCUCUGGGAGCAAACGCUGUGGUGAUUCAGUAGAAUAAAGGCGAUGUGCGCCUUUGACGUCUCGGUGCCUCGCUGCCGCUCAGUGGGAGGCAGGUCCGGGUUCUGCUGGCCUCUUCCUAAAGCUGGGAGGAAUUUGUUGUAGCGACAGCUGCAUCCUCUGUAUGUUCUGAGAACAUGUCACUUACUAAAGCGUAUGUGGGAGCUACAUAUGCCCCUAUACGGCAUAUAGGAGCUCUCGAGGAUUCAGCAUUUUGAAGAAAAUGGGGGAGCUACUGGCAAGUGGCCAGUGAAGGCUCACUGAAGUGAUGAAGGAACUAGACCAUCUCUUGAGGGAAGGCUGAGAGAGCUGGGACUGGCCGGCCUGCAGAAGGCUCUGAGGGGCUCAGUGACGUACACAAAUACCUGAAGGGAGGGUGCGCAGAGCCAGUGGGCACAAACUGGAACACAGGAGGUGCCUUCGGAACAUCAGGAAACACUCUUUCAACAUGAGGGUGACCAGGCUCAUCAAAGCAUGAACUACGGACAACAGAAAGGAUGUUUCAGGUCAAAGGAAAGAAGACUUUUUGUGUGCAGGAAUGAACCAUGUGCAAUUGAACCAGGACUUCUGCAGUACUGCUUUGGAUUCAGACACUUUUUUUAUCUUUGGAAAAUUAACUUGAUGUGUGGAUUCUGUUCAAGUGAUGAUGUGAAAAUAAUGGUAUUUCAAGCACUGCAAGAACUGCUUAGAAUUAGGAUGUUUCCAACCUAUAAGGGGAAGCAGGAAGGAGCACAAUAGAAGGCAGGCACUGAUACUAUGUUCACUAUGAAGACACUGGUAGAAUUGUAUCUCCUGUCCUAAGAGCUAGAAAAGCUAUAGACUGCUCUGGCUGAGGGUAUGCAUCAUCCUGCACAGCACAGUCAUAGAGGCUAAAACACUACACCUGCUCCUUGUACACUGCAGCUCUUUUAAACAUGCAUAAAAAUUGUAUGUUGAGUGCUGAUAGCUCAGCUGGAGCAGACUCGCAAACACCUGUAGUUACACCAGAGGAAAACAAUUUUAGUCACUUGUCGCUGGACACAUGCAGUCUCUUCAUGUGUCAUUGCACAGAAAAGCAUUUUGUACAUAUUUUAAAGUGUGUUGUACUACAGUUUUCAACUGUAGCCAAAGAGAUUGUUCUUUUUGUAUAAAUCGUUGAGAUAUAUAAAUGUGUAUACAAGUAAAUGUAUAAUAAACAAACUUAUACAUAUAAACACACACAUAUACCCGUAUGUGUUUCCAUAAAUAUAUGUUGACUUUUGCUCAACAGGUCUAACAAACCUAAGUCUCUAAAUUUGAACAUGCUUACACAGAUAUAUAAAUAUACAGAGGGAAAGUGAUACUUUUUUUUUUUUUACUUCUAUUUUACUUCUAUGGAGUAAAGUGUGACAUUAAUUUAUUGAAGGAAAUUUUAUAAUAUUAAACUUAGUAUUAAAUAUAGACAGGGACUUCUAAACCAAAUUUUUAGAACAGAGUUUUUGUAAUAUGUUAAUGAGAAUGACAGUUCCUGACAGGUGGCAAAUUAUUAACUGUGUCAUGUGGUUUCCAUAUGAUUUUAGUUUCAUUUUGUAUCAGUAAGCCCUUUAACUUUUCAUGGAUUGCAAGUAUUGUAAAGGUACAGAUGGAAAACCUGUAGAUGCAAAUCUACAGUUUUUAAAAGUGAAAAAUCUCUAUCCGUGGCCAGUAUGAAGGUAAGUCUGCAUUUUGUAAUAGCAUUUUAGAUGUAUUGUGAGAACUGAAGGCCUUGCUAAUCACAUCUUAUUGUUUCUGCUUUAUCACAAAAUGAUUUAGUAAAAGUUAAUUUUUUUUUUACUUUUUAUUUUUUAACAUUUUAAAAAGUAAAAUGUUAGUUUUUAGAGCAGGCUUAUAUUUAUAUUGGCUGACAGACACUUUACUCUUUUUGCUCCUGUCAUGUUAGAUCUCAUAUAUUUAAUAAGAUCGAGAACAAUAUAAUUCAGAGUGAUACAGGAUUCGCUCUCCUGUGGCACUUAAUUAGUACCCCACAUGAUACGUGAGACUAUGACGCUCUUUGGAGUGCUAUCAUGCAUAAAAUAUAGGGGAUAUUAAGGGCUGAGAUCAUCAAUUUAGAUGAUCAGAAUUUUAUCUAAAUCAGAAAUUUAAUGUGCACCUGUGAGCACAUUUGUACUUGGGCUUGGAAUUAAGACAUUGGACAUUCUGGAAUACAAAUUUGUGAGUUUCUGUUAGCUUUUUUUAGGUUGCAAUGUGCAAAAUAUAACCCCUAUGUGUAGCUGUUCCAAGGCUCUUUCAAGACUAGAUUCCUUAUUCAAAAUAAUUAUGAGACUGUGAGCAAGCUGACAUGCUUGAUAACGUGUGUGUUUAUCUCAGCUUCCUUGAUGGCUUCAUAUACCACCAAGAUGUCUAGGCAGGUCUGCAGACUGCCAGCAUGGCAGCAGUUUGUACAGUAUGGAUAUUGGAAGUAGAAAUCACCUGGCUCACAGGUACUCUUCGUGCUGUUGUUUCAGAGGAGUCUGAACAUAGUCUGUAAAACUUACUUUCUUAUUAGGGGUAAUAUGAUAAUGAGAAAAUUCCUCUUUGUGAAGUGCUCAGAUACAAAAGAAUAGGGAGGUUGUAAAGAGGAAGGAAUCCAGUUACCAUAUUUAUUCAUUUCAGGUACAAAAUUUGAGGCUACUCCUUGCCACUCAAAAGCCAGUAUUAGUCCUUAAAUGUGAACCUUGAUAUACUGUGGCUAUAAGUUGCCUAUCCAAAGAACUUUCUGUUUGGAUCCAGUUAUUGACUUAUGUUUUACCGUUGUGUUUUCUGCAACAGCCAAAUAGUGAACCUGUUUGUGGUUUGGUUUGUUUUUUGGGGUUUUUUUGUCUGUUCUAAAUCCCAGGUAUAAUGUUCUUGUCACAAAGAAUGAUACAGCUUGACCAAGGUAGUACAUCAAGCUGCAGAAUGAUAUGAUGUUCUUAUAUAGAGUAAAUACAAUUCCUUUGGAAUUUUCUUGAAUGAACCCUAGUAAUAAACUCUUUAAGUUGGUUCAUACACAAGUUUUCAGAUGUGAAACGUGUAAACACAAAGUUCACUUUAUGCUGGACUUUGUAUCAAAGUCUGCUUCCCCAAAUCAGACUGUGAAUUGGAUGUAAAUUGCAUUAGUGAUUUGAAAAAGAUUAGUGGUAUUUUAUUGGAGAGGAUAGGAAAGAACAGUGAAAGGAUUCCAGCUAUCCCAGCUGUGAGAUAGCCUGAUCUUUUUUGACCUUUUCUGUGCCAGGACAUGAAACCUGAGUAGGACAUAGAGCAGAAGGCUAGAAAUAGCUAAGGCCUAUAUAAAAAAAAAUAAAAAUGUGUAGACACUCAGCACCUUUUUAGGCUGUUAUGUUCCCCCUUGUCUUCAUUAGGAAAUUAAAGGCUUAAGUUCCCUGUUUUUGGAUUUGUACCUAGGUCACAGUGUAGACCAGCCCAGUCAAUACAAGCAAAAAAUAGUCAUUACCUUUUAUCAUGGGAUAUUAACCGAUCGCCUUAUUUCAUUCCUCUGUGGCAGUGUACCUAACUUCACAGAAAGUUAGGACCAAAGGAGACCUGGCUCCACGUGCCCUUCCCUUGCUCUGAGUUCCCUGGCGCAGCUGUUCCCUGUGUAUUGACUACUGCUGUUUGGUGGUGGCACCAGCCCAAACCCAGUGCUUUGGCAUGUCCUGCAUCAUAUCCUUUGGGAUUGCUGCCAGCAGCUUCUCCCUAAGAUACACAAAUGAAAUAGGGGACAUUGUCAUUUUAACGUUUAUGGCUUUGCAGAGGUGAAAAUCAAUGAGGCAAAGAAUAUACUGCCUUACAGGUUUUCUGUUUCACCUGGUAAAUACCACAGAUCUACAGAGGAAAGAUGUGUAAGGACUACUCAAAGAGGUCACAAGACCUUUCAAUGUUAAGCAACGUAAACAUAGUUCAGACUGCAAAUUAAUUGUAUCUAUAGCAGACUAUGUUGGUAGGUCAUCUGUGUGAUGACCUCACACAGCUUGGGAGACAUUUCCCAGAGAGGUGCGGAAUGGUGCGGGUCUGGCUCCUUACAGGUCUUUUUAACAGGAGAGCUGCAGUCCUAUUCAGCAUUUUCUUGCUGCAUAUGGAAAACCAAGCAGAAAUGAUAAAACCACUAUAUGUAUGCAUACAAAGGCAGUAACACAGUUGGAAAUGACAUAAUGAUGUGUACUCUGAUAUAAUGGUGUGUAUUCAAGACAGGAGUUUUCUUGUUUUGUGCUGUGCACAGUAAGGGACCAGAGCUCAGCAGUUAAAAAAGUUCUGGGAAGGAAUCAAUCUUUUUUUCCAUAAACUGGUUUUAAAAACUAGUAGAGGUAAGCUGUUUUCUUAGUGUUUUGCAACUAUUAGGAAUUAUCUCAACAGCUGCUUGGUAGGUGAAGAUCACUGGCUGGGAGAGUGGGUGACCUCAGCAGGUUCAGAGGUGCAGCUCCUCUUGAAGUGAUUGUUCACUGAUACUUCAAUACAUUCUGCAUUUUGUACCUGCUUGUUUAAAUGAUUGUGAGAAUUGCUGUAUGAUACUUGAAAAAGAAAAUGUUGUUAAUCUUUCUUUUUUCUUCUUCUUUUUAGGAACUAGUAAUGAAGAAUGACUCCACCAAUUAAAAAUACAAUUUACAUUUAUCUUUUCCAGAAUACAUGUAUAUCAGUGAAGUUAAUUUAAUAUUUAAAUCAAGAAUACAGAAAAAUGCAAGUCCCUUUGCCAUAAUAAAAAUCCAUAACCUGACUUUCCUUUGUAUAAAGUACUAUGAGCAGGUGGUAUCAUCAGGAAAAAGACUCCAUUGCAGGAAAGCACUUUAGAUUAAUUCUGACUUUUUUUUACAUAAAGUAAGGAAAGAAUGACAACAGUGACAGUCUAAUGCAUGAUGAAAUUUACUAAGCAGAAUUUUAUUUUUUUAGUUGGUGGAAUUAUAAUUUACAUAGUUGAUAUUGGAGUGGACUUCUGGGUAGCUAGUAAAUAUUUUUGUCAAGGACAAUAUUCUUGGAGUAUAUUGAUACUGUGUUUUAGAGGCCUUUCAUCAUUAAUAAAUCAGAUAUUCAGUUAUGAAUGGUUUAAAAAUGACUGGGAAGGUACUGAUACUGGGAAGCUGAAAUGGAUUUUUCUGGUUCAUCUCUUUCAGUGCGGAAUAUUUAUAAGGUAUUGGUUUGCUUUGAAGUAUGGCUGCCAAGCUGCAUUUAAACAAAAAAGCAGCGGAGAUACAUCAGAAACAGAGCCUCCCAACUUCAUUCAAAACCAAGUUGUUGAUGUAGUGACUGAUAUUAACAUGCUCAGGGUAUUCAAGACUUUUCUUGAGACCACACCACAACUUUUUGUCCAGAUUUACAUCCUCAUGGAACAUGGCAAAAAUGAUUUCUGUCAAUAUGCUGCCAUUAUUAUGUCUUUUUGUGGUAUCUCCUUUUCAACAGUUGAUUAUCAGAUAUCAUUACGAAAAUCUCUACCUGAUAAAGAUGAAUUUCAUGUGCUCCCCGGGUUAAUGUAUCUGUUUUAUAAACUGCUUACCAUCACUUCUUGGUUACUCAGUAUUUCACUGAUCACUCUACUAAGUGUUGGUAGUUCUGCAAUUCUGCUGACAUUUCUUUGGAUUUGUGGCUUCACCUGGACUUUGAAACAACAUACAACAUUCUGCAAAUCUAAGAAGAUGGAAUAUCUAUACAGAACUGUAGUUGGAAUCAUUCUCAUUUUUACCUUUUUUAACGUAAAGGGGAGAAAAACAAAACUUUGCCUUUCUAUGUAUUAUGCUACUCACACUGUUGUAACUCUAGGUAUUUUGUUUGUAUAUUUGUUCUGGAAACCUUCCAUUAUCAAAGAAAUACAUUUUACAGUUGUGAGCAUCCUAACUAUUCUUAGUUUGGUGUUAGGUAUUAUUUUUCUUGUUGUUUAUUAUAGGUGUUUCCAUCCUACUGCUUAUUGCAGACCACAGGCAUGUUCAGAUGAAGGUGAUGGAGAGGUAGGACAAAAAUAUAGAGUGAAAAUCAGUAGAUUUCAAAAUUUCAUAAUGCAAUGAACUGUAUAGAUCUUUUUGUGCAGACUUCAAAGCAAAUAUUUGCUGGACAGGUCUGUUUCUCUCUUAUUGUCUCUCAUGUAUCAUCACUGAGUAGUACAUAAUGGACCAGAGUUAUCGGCUCUGAGUAACUAUUGUUUUCUGUGAUACUGCACAAAGCCUUUCUAACAUGAAUAUAUCUCUUAUGUGCUGGUCAAAGUUACUUUUGAAAAAGAAGCAUUUUAAUCUGUCUGUCCAACACAGUCCACUGUUUUAGUUUUUAGCAAUGCAAACAGAACAUAGGAAAAGCUAAAAGUUAAUCAAAUGAAAGCUAGCAUUGAAACAAUAUUCUAUUCAUUUAUGUUGAUUCUGUUAAAAACAAGGUUUACUUUUCUGUUCUUGCUGGAAGGAAAGAGGCAUGCAUUUGAAAUAAUUGAGUGCAGUGAUCAGUUAUCUGCUUCUCCCCAUUAGUGUAAGAGCUGCAGUUUUUCUUCAGAUAAGCAUAGUUACAAACUGUACUGCCUUCUCUCUAAAUAUCCCCUGAAGAAGAAUAGCUUUGAUUUAUGGCUCAAUCACUGUCUUGCCACAGGAAAUUUGGGGAGAUAUUUUCAAGCAUUUUAUCUUUUAGGUGUUUUAAUGACUUCUUUAUUGUUUUUGUUCUGCUCAUCUUUCACACAACCUUCUGUACUUAGGGGUGAUGCCAGGUUGUUGUUCUGGAUUAUAAUAGCAGCCUGAGUGAUUUAUGGAUGGCAAUAGGAUUCUUGCAUAUAAAGGAAUAACAGUUUUCCUUGAAGCUUUCCUCUCCUUGGAGCUCUAAGAUGUAAUACUUUAAAAGCUGGUUUCCCCUGAAAUAGAAGGCUAUGCAAGGUAUGCAGUGGUGCAGCUUCUUUUGUCUUUGCCACUUGGAGAAGAGAGAAGCAACUGUUCUGCACUCACAGGGGCUAGAAAAUGAUGGAAUAGCCAGCUUGUCCAUCAAGAUUUUUUGGCAGAAGGCAGAGUGAAAUUAAUGUUCAAAUACUGAAUCAACAACAAAGGAAAUAGGGUUGAUAGCCACAGCUUCUUCAGAAAUAAAAUAUAAGAGGAAGUCUUUUGGAGCUGCUGCAUUUUAAAUCUGAAUUAUGAAAAACAGGGCUCUUUCUCUCCCCUCCUUUCCCCUUCCAAUAAUUCACCUUUGCAGUUACAGUAGCCACAGGCAAAGGGAGGAAAAAAGGUUUGAGAAAAGAGACUAAAGAUAAGAAAAACUGAUAAACUUUGCCAGGGACCAAAUCCGUUAGCAUUAUUGACAGCAAACUUCCCUGAAACUCUGGAAAAAGGGCUGGUGCUUUGGUUCAUAAUUAGAGUGCUGAAAAGCUGUGUCUUGUGCCUUUUGUGUCAAGUCCAUGGACUCCAGACUGCCUUUUGCUUGUUACCCUUCCAUCCUUAGCAGAGCUCAGGGAAGUUCCAUUUCCAUAGUUCUCUUUACCACUUACACCUCCUUAAUCCUAUUCAAGGAAAUUUCUAGAUGCAUAGCUUGGAUUGAAUGAUCUGCCUCUCUGAGGAUAUGCAUGAAAAAGCAGCGGAGUAAGAAAAAUUUACUUCUGAAAUCCCUCAUUUCCACUUAGGGGUAGCUAGAAUGCAGAUCCAGAAGUUAAGACAUAAACCCCCACGAUCCAUGAGAUUUAAGCAAUAGCUUUCCUUAAAUGAAUAUAUAGAACAGUACCUUCUCUUCUGUCUACUCUGGAAGAGAGAUUUCCAGAUUUUUUUUGCCCUGGAAUGGCUGCAUAGGUAAGAUCAAAACCCCAAGGCUCCAUCCUGCUUCAUGGACCAUGAUUGCCCUAAGUUCUGUCUCUUAUCUACAGAGUAUUUAGUACUCAUGAUGGUACCCUUGGCAGCAAAAUGCAUGCCUGGUUUUAGGCUGAAAGUACUCUUAUUUUGCUAUGGAAAAAUAGGAUCCUAAAUAGUCAAGACUAACCCUAUAUAGCUUCCCACACUUAUUGUUUGCUCAUCUGAAAUCCUGAGAAGGGACUAGGGUAAGGUACGGUGGAAAAGGGAGAUUUUUAUCUCUAUCUUGCAGAAGAUUACAAAAUUUUGUCUAACCUUUAUUUGGAAGAUGACCUCAAACCUUGUACAUUAUCUAAGAAGUAGAUCUCUGGUGAAAUAUGAGCUUCUGAGAAGUCCUAGUGUGGGAGUUUCAGCCCUGGAGCCUCCAGGUUGUCUGCGCUGCCAGAUGCCAGAAAUUUGGAGCCCGAGUUGCUCUGCAGGAAGGUUAGUUUCUGGUGAAACACAAAAUUGUCUUGGUGAUUUUUUUUUUUCCUUUCAGUGAAUUGACAGAUUCCAAGUAAAGGGAUUUCAUUGCCAUCUCUCUGGCCAACUCCUAACACUAAUUUUCUUUCAUGGGAGAAAUCUGAAUGUUGUGCUGUUCUCCCUGUGCAUCCUCAUUCCCUCUCCUGUGCCACUGAGAAGAAUGUUACACUGAAACUGACUUGGUAAGAAAGGCAUCUAGGUGGCUAUUUAUAUCACGUUCAUUCAAAUACACACAAACCCCAGUUACUUGAGUUCCAAUCCCUAUUUUAAUGUUUAUAAGUUCUAGUGGGUAUAAUUUAACCAUAUCAAAAAACUGGGAAAUGAUCCUUCUGGAAAUCAUGUAAGUUCUUUUCAUAAAAAACAGAUCUUCAGUGUCCUGCCACAGAUACUGUGAACCUCUCCAUUUGGCGGUCAUCAGAGGGCCUCAAGAGAUGGGAAUUCCUGUUAGCUUGUCCCCUGCAGACUUUUGUUUAUUUAUUUUCAGCUUUAACCUCCUCCCUUUCUUCUUGACCUUGAGUUCAAGAUUUUCACUUGAUUCCCUUCAUUUUCAUAGUUAUGAAAAUGGCUUCUCAUUCAUUUGGUCAUUGUAACUCAGAAUCACUGUAGCAGGGGGGGCAAGGAAGCACAUGAAUUUACUCUAGAGACAUUUCAUAUCAUCAGUGACCACUUCAGACAAAACAAACAAAGCCUCACUUCACCUAGGUGUAACGUUCGAACAAUAGACUUCAUACAUAUCCUUUCUGUUUCCCCGACUACUCUUAAAAUUCAGCUGCCACUCAGUUCAUGCAUUAUGCCUGACCUUGUCAUUUUAAUCUAACUGCAAAUUGAAAACAAAUGUGUUUUUUCUUUUUUGUUAAGUAUGUCGAUUACAUCUUACAAGAAGUAUUUUAAUAAGUUAAAUAAAAAUAAUAAACAAUUUCUUCGUGCUUUGACUACUGUCAGACCUGGGUAAGAGAGACAACAUUCAACAGAAUUAUUUUAAUUAUCCUGCUAAUAUUCAACGUGCCAUUUGAUGGCAUGGGUGAGCUCACCUGAUGUACCACAGAUAGCACUGAUUUAUGAAGCCAUAAUUGGGUUUCCAAUAAACAUUUGUCAAAAUAAUGUAUUCAUUCAAACCAAAGCCUUCUUUAUUUAUUCAUAUAAAAGAGCACUUAACUUUCAACAAAGAAUUGCCUGCCAUCAAAAACACUCCAUAAACAGGGGAAAUUUAUGAAGACACAGUACCAGGGGGUGAUCUGUGGAAGACUAAAGUUCACUUUAACCCUUCAAAGUGCUGAGUUCCACCUCUUGCUUGUUGCUGGUACUAUGCAUAUUUAUUUCUAAAACCCCCAAGCCCAAACAUUAACCUUUAUAUAUUUAGACAUUGUAGCAACUCUUUUUUUUUUCUACCACAGUGUCUUGCAUUUCAAAGAUGGUUUCAAACCUAACAUCUCAUUUUCAUUAUGGAGUGUAGAAGCAUGCACACAGCUCAAAGGUAGUUGUUGUUUUUUUUAUUUUUUUUUGCUUACCUGCAUUCUGCCCACAGUUUCCGCCAUCUAUAUAUUUUGCCAAAAAACCCCAAAACAACUUCAAGAGGUUAAACAACUUAUCUUGCCUGAACCUGAGGCAAUAUAUAUGUCAUUCAUUUCAGCUGAGGAAUUUUCCUAUUCUACCUCUUUGUGCUCUUCUCUACUUCCUAGCACUUCAGUUUCAUUUCACAGAUUUUUAAGCAAAGUAGAUGUGCUACACAAUCACUAUUUGAAUGGAGUGCAUAUAACCCCUUGUAAUCCACCCUCAUCAAAAUCUUUUCUUCUUUUACCACCGAUUAGCUAACAUAUAACAAAUCCAAGCCACACUGAAGAUUCCCACUAUGUCAGUCUUCAUUAGCUUAGUAAAAUGUAGACCGCGGUGGGGAUAGUGGCAAUGCUUCAAACUUACCUUACCCUGCUUACACCUGUUGAGACUAUAAAUUGCAUUGGCCUUCCUAUGAUUGUAUGUUGGUUUCCAGGUAUAUUUCUAUUUUUAGCAUAUAGUUUUUAUUUCUGACAGUGAACACAGCUGUAAAUAACAGAGCAGAAUGAGAAAGGAUAGGAAGGGUUUCAAGUGUGCAUUCAUGCCUCAUACUUUAGUGUGAUUUUGCGAAUCUUAAUACAAAAUUUUCAUCUUUACCGUUAUUGUUACUACUACCGGCACUUUGUCCAGGUGAGGAUGACAAUACUUAGAAGAAUAUGUAUCUGUUGCAGCCAGAAUGCAACAAAAAGUUGGUAGCAAAGUUCUUAUGUGCUUUGUCUGCUCAGCACCUACAAGUGAUCUUAAUUCUCUCUGAUUAAGCACAGGUAUUUUUUAAUGGGAGCCUACAAACAUCUUGGAAAAGAGAUGGUUACCCAUUUUGUUCUGUGGGGAGUAAGUUAGCUGCUGAAACUCAAGGGCUAAAUGUCCCUGGACAGUUCUCGGCUGCUGUGAGACAGUAAAUGACAAAGGUAUAUAUUUGAAGGUCACUUGCAAAGAAGAAGGUAUGGAGAAGAAGGCAUACAAAGAGAGACAGGGGGAACAGGUGUUUUCCUGCCAUUUUCCACAUAGCAUACUCCACACAUUUGGCCGAACUUGAAGUGUGUUGUACUGUAGUAGAGCAGGAAGGGACCUCAAACAUGAUUUGUAGUUUACCCUACAGCAGAACUACUGUAUUUAUGCCAUUCCUGAAAGAAGUUUUCUAAAUGGUUGUGAAAAACACAACAUCUUAGGUAAUGUCCCCCAGAUCUACAGAGUCCUGUGGAGCAGAAGCCUCUUACGUCCAGACUCUUUAUUGCAGUCUGA